CCGAGACACUUCAGAGAUGGGUGAGUUAUAACUAAGAGAGCAGGAGCAAAGGCACAGAAAGGAAGAGAAGGAGAGCCGCGAGGAAGGGAAAGGGAAAGGAGAUCAGAGACUGAGUCAGCUUCCAGAGGGCAAACACCAGGAGACGAGUUCAGGGAACACCCCAGCACAUCAAGAAGGACCUGUUCUGUCUGAAUCUUCACCAUGAGCACGAGGAAGAGCUGCCCCCUGCCACUGGGGCAAGGAGACCAGGAGGAGAAGCAGAGUGAGGGUACUCCCGACCUGGAGCGACAGGAGUGUGAGAUGGAGCUGAGGAACAAAGCUAUUCUGCAACAGAAGAGGCGCCUCAAACAGGCCACCCAGUUUGUGCACAAGGACUCUGCUGAUCUGCUGCCCCUGGAUGGCUUGACAAGGCUUGGCACCUCCAAGGAUCUGCAGCCUCAUAGUGUGGUCCAGCGGCGCCUCUUGGAAGGCAACCUGAACAAGCUGCGGGGCGAGGCCAGGGGUCAGUCUGCACGGGUUCAAUCUCCACUGGCAAAAGACCAGGAUGAAAAGAUGGAAAAGGGAGAGGACAGGAGAAAAGAGACUUCACCCCUGCUAAUACAGUGCCAGUGCCAAGGUCAGGUAUUGAAAGCAACUGUUAAUACUGGGUGUCUACCAAACCUCAUCUCCAAGAGGUGUUUAAACCAGCUGGGGCUGGAAGAAGUGUCUGCCAUGGACUGUGGAGACCUCUCUCUUCCCAUCCCCAGCGUUGUUGGUCGAGUAGAACAUUUGGAAUUGCAAUUUGGCCAGGAGACAGUGUUGUGUUCAGCACUGGUUGUAGAUGAUGAAAUGCUGGAGUUUUGCAUUGGCCUCCAGACACUGUUGUCUCUUAAGUGUUGCAUCGACUUGGAGGAAGGAGUCCUGAGAUUUAAAGCACUCAGUGAGGAGCUGCCUUUUCUACAUGCCUCUGAAGAGCCUGGUCAGUGACUGGCUGCAUUCCCCAUGUCUGGAGACUUGCUGCCAUGAGAGAGAUGAGGGUGAGG